AUUAAAAACUACUAAUCACAUUACUUAUCCACUUAAACAUAUAAUUAUCAUCUCCUUAAUUAACAAAUUUUGCAAGUAUUGUAUGUUUAAACCUUCAAAAACACCAACAAAAAAUGGCUUCCAAAUCUCUAAAACCUCCAAAACAACCACCAAAAAACCCUAAAAAACAAUGGUCCCUGAACGAUUUCGAGAUCGGAAAACCCCUCGGAAAAGGCAAAUUCGGCCGUGUAUACCUCGCCCGCGAAGUUAAGAGUGGAUUUAUAGUGGCGUUGAAGGUGAUAUUCAAGGAGCAGAUAGAGAAAUACAGGUUGCAUCAUCAGCUUAAGAGGGAAAUGGAGAUUCAAACAAGUCUUCAUCAUCCCAAUGUGUUGAGGCUAUAUGGUUGGUUUCAUGAUGAGGAGCGGAUUUACUUGAUUUUGGAGUAUGCUCAUCGCGGUGAGCUGUAUAGGGAGCUAAGGAAGAUAGGUCGUCUGUCUGAGAAACAAGCUGCCAUAUAUAUUGCAAGUCUCACUCAAGCACUGGCGUACUGUCAUGAGAAGCAUGUUAUUCACAGGGACAUAAAGCCGGAAAACCUGUUACUUGAUCAUGAGGGCCGCUUAAAGAUUGCAGACUUUGGGUGGUCUGUACAAUCUAGAAGCAAGAGACAUACAAUGUGCGGAACUCUGGACUAUCUGGCACCAGAAAUGGUGGAGAACAAAGCUCAUGAUUAUUCAGUUGACAAUUGGACCCUGGGGAUCCUUUGCUAUGAAUUUCUAUAUGGUGUGCCUCCAUUUGAGGCCGAGAGACAGACUGACACAUUCAGAAGAAUUAUGAAGGUAGACCUCAGCUUCCCUUCAACACUUGAUGUAUCUGCUGAAGCUAAGAAUCUCAUUAGCCAGCUUCUUGUGAAGGACUCUUCUAAAAGGCUCUCUCUUCAAAAGAUCAUGGAGCAUCCUUGGAUAAUUAAGAAUGUCACAUCACAUGACACUAUAAUCUGAGUCUCCUCAUCAAUUUGCAUCGGUUGGAGACUAGUUACAAACUUUCUAAAUCCCUCAUGCUCAACAAUGGAUAGUGGAUAUGUAGUUCUUUUUGCUGAAUUCACUCUUCCACGUUGGUGGUCCGAAAACAAAGAAAGGUCUUUCAAAUCAAAACUCGAUUUUGGAUCAUUAUCAAGUUCAUUGAUUAAAGUUAAGAACUCGUUAAUUUGCAAAAGAAAAUCAGGAUUUGACUGAAAAAGAAGCAGAGCUGAUCGUCGUCAACGAAGAAGAAUCUUUCUAAAUUAUUUCAUGUCAGCAAGGGGUGCAUGCUCCUUCAAGCAUCUGAAAUAGGACAGGAAUGAAACAGUGAUUUUCACAUUUGCACAUGAUGAAUGAAAACAUAAAUAGGCACUGAAAAGUACUACAGAUGCAUCAUACAGGGAAUUUUUCAAGAAAAA